AUGUCUAGUUUUCUGACCACACUAAAAACAGAGACAAAAGAAAAUAAAAAUCAUAUGCGAAUUGUUUCGCUAAGAAAUGUAGUUAAUUUCGAUUUUCUGCACGAGUUAUCCUAUCUCGAAAAUCGCAUUCAAAGCUUGCGAAAUUCCACGUGGAAUCCGCUGAUUUUUCCAAGUUUGGAGGGGAUUUUGGAUACCUCUUAUGGUAUUUUGAGUCCACAGGAAGUUAGGGUAAGUUUUAUAAAUAGCACUAAUCGCUUUUUAAUAUAUUAAUUUCAGGCGAUGUCAGGUUGGCCCUUAUCACAGCAAGAUUUUGGCCAAAAACAAGGAGAACUUGAUUUUAUUUCGAUAAGAGCUGAAAAUGGGUUCAAUAACCAAGCUGUAAAUAUAAAUACGUAAGAUAUGAUCAACCUUAAUUUUUCCUAAAAGAAAAUAACAAUUUUUCCAGAAAACACUGGCUAACUUGUGACAUUUUCCUAUCUUUGGAAUACUUGAAAACUUUCCAAUUUUUCAAAAAUCUGAAAUUCAGCGAUCGAUUUAUUUUGGCGAAAGAUGUGACGAUUUUAGUGCAAACGUUGACAUUUGUCUACACGUCAUUUGAAGCGAAGUCGGAUUGUUUCAAAACUCCUGACGGAUGCUUUUUUGAUGUUUUGAGUUUGUUGCAGGUUUUGAGGAUGUUUAAUGGGACUUCUUUGUGAGUUUUUGGGCUUUGGAUUACUAAUUUUUGCCUUGAAAUUUCCAAAAUCUCUUAGUUUUCCAGAAAUCAAACAACCCAAGUCUUCAAAAAUCACAUCAAAUCAAGUCAAAACAUCUUCUCAACCCUAAUCCGCGAAAAAAUCACUAAAACUGAAUAUAUUCUCCUCAAAGCUCUUGCCAUUUUUUGCGGCUCAAACUUCUGCAAACUAUCAGACGAUGCUCAAAAAAUCAUGGCUCUCGAAAAACAAAAAUAUGUUCGAGCACUUUUUGAGCACCUGAAAAUGAGACCUGAUAGGCUUUUGGUGCUUUUGAGUUGGCUCAACUUGAUUUUGGUGCAUCAGAAGAGUUUGAGCAAGUUUAUGGAGUUUAUGCGGAUGUUUUCGGGGUAUAGAAUGGCGGAAUCGAUAAGGAAGUUGGAGGAUUUGGUGCUGGGAAUUGAGAAAAACUAG